UGAAAGWCRAGCUAGAUUACAAAGAGUUCAGUUCAGCAWCUUUAGAAYCCACAGUGGUGUUCCCGUCUUAGAGCUUUUGGGCCCUGCCCGUGACAUCAAGAGGAGCACCAAUGGCCUGCGGUGGAGCUAUGGUAAUGAGUGCCUUUUUCUGGUCUGUGGCCAUAGUAUAUUUGACCCAUAUAGGCAYAGUCAAUGGGGACUGCUGGCUCAUCGAAGGCGAGAAGGGUUUUGUGUGGCUGGCCAUCUGCAGCCAAAACCAGCCUCCAUACGAGGCKAUCCCCACGCAUAUCAACAGCACCAUUGUGGACCUUCGGCUCAAUGAAAACAAGAUCAAAAGUAUCCAUUUCUCUGCCCUCAGCCGCUUCGCCAACCUGACCUACCUAAACCUGACCAAGAAUGAGAUCAACUACAUAGAUGACGGGGCCUUUUCUGCCCAGUUCAACUUACAGGUCCUUCAGUUAGGCUUCAACAAACUCCGUAACCUUACUGAGGGCAUCCUCAGGGGUUUGGGCAAGCUGCAGUACCUCUACCUCCAGGCCAACCUGAUUGAGACUGUGACACCCAAUGCCUUUUUGGAGUGCUAUAGCCUGGAAAACAUCGACCUCUCCAUGAACCGUAUCCAGCAGCUAGAUGGGACCACGUUUACCAGCCUGACUAAACUGACUACCUGUGAGCUGUAUACCAACCCUUUCAACUGUUCCUGUGAACUACUUGGCUUUGUGAAGUGGCUCUCUGCAUUCCCCAACAGGACAAAUGAACGGAUGGUCUGUGACUCCCCAUCAGGUGUCUCUGGCUACAGUCUGCUCAGCCAGAACCCUAACAACCCGACUUUUCGGAAUGCCCUCCAUAUGCUCUCCACUGUGUGUACAGARGACUAUGUGACGCCGUACAUACCUGUGCCUCCUGAGACCACCACACUCCCACCAGACUACACUCCCUGUGGGRUGGAGGACUGUCCCUCCGGAACUGAGCCAGAUGAGAGUAUGAGUAUCAACCCAACGGUGAUUAAUGUGGAUGUAAAACCCAGUAUGAAGCUCAAGCAAGUCUCUAAAACAAGCGCCACCAUCACUGUUCAGAUCCCCCAUCCCUURAAGAAGAUGUACAGCCUGGUUCUKUACAAUAACAGUUUUUUCACUGAUAUUCAAAACCUCAAAAUUCAGAAUGAGGACAUUGAACUUAAAAACCUGAAACCCCAUACUGAAUACACGUACUGUGUCGCUUCUAUAAAGAAUAAUCUUAGAUUCAAUCAUACUUGUCUGGCAGUCUCCACAGGACCCUGGAAUGGGAAAGAGACAUCACAAAACCAUGCAACAGCUACCCACUACAUUAUGACCAUCCUAGGUUGUCUCUUUAGUAUGGUGAUUGUCCUAGGGGUGGUCUACUAUUGCUUGCGUAAAAAACGUCAGCAAGAUGAAAAGCACAAAAAGGCAGGCAGCCUAAAGAAAAGUAUAAUUGAACUAAAAUAUGGACAAGAGCUCGAAGGGGGAACCAUUUCCAGGAUGUCACAGAAGCAAAUGAUGGSUGGGGAGAGUAUGUCCCGCAUGCCAUACCUACCAUCUGGUAGUGAAAUGGAGCAGUACAAACUGCAGGAGAUAAGAGAUGACACGCCUAAAAUGGCCAAGGGAAGUUACAUAGAGGUGCGAGGAACCGGYGACCACCAUGAACGCAGAGAGUGUGAGAUGUCCAUGCCUGGGAUGUCCAUGCCUGGGAACAGCCAAGGGUCAGUGGCRGAGAUUUCAACCAUUGCAAAAGAGGUGGAUAAGGUKAAUCAGAUCAUUAACAACUGUAUCGAUGCUCUGAAYUCAGAAUCCACAUCUUUUCAAGGGGUGAAAUCAGGAGCUGUGUCCACCCAGGAYCCCCAYCUGGUCCUAAUAUCAGAGCAGCCGCAGAGCAAGUCUYGCUUCCUGUCCCCYGUGUAUAAGGACAGCUACCACCACUCGUUACAGAGGCACCACACCUCGGAUGUCCCGCCAAAGCGGCCCAGCACUGCCACUGGAGGUCCAAUGCGGAGCCCAAGGCCUUACCGCUCAGAGUCCAAGUACAUAGAGAAGACCUCYCCAACGGGUGAGACCAUCCUCACUGUAACGCCAGCCGCUGCCAUCCUUAGGGCAGAGGCGGAGAAGAUCAGGCAGUACAAUGAMCACCGGCACUCCUAUCCCGACAGCCACCAGCUGCAGAUCGAGGAGCUGGAAGGGCCCGGAAGCCACAAGCCCUCCAUCCUGGAGCCCCUAACUCGGCCCCGRCCCAGAGACAUGGCGUACUCUCCGCUCUCYCCUCAGUACCAUAACCUCAGCUACUCCUCCAGUCCUGAGUACUACUGCAAACCACAUCACACUAUCUGGGAGCGCUUCAAACUCCGUGGCAAACGGCACAAAGACGAGGACGAGUACAUGGCUGCAGGGCAUGCGCUACGUAAAAAAGUGCAGUUUGCCAAGGAUGAGGACCUGCAUGACAUUUUAGACUACUGGAAAGGUGUAUCUGCUCAACAGAAAUCUUAAUCUCUCCAAGUAUUUUCUACUGGACCACAACUUUCAGAAAUGACACAGAAACCUUAUAUGUGAAACUCACUAUUGAUUGGAUGGAUACGUCCAUAUUGCGGUCAACUACUUAAACGUAUAUAUAGCAACAUAUUUUGACUGUGAGUAAAAUAGGAAAAGAACCUUGGAAAUGACCARCUUGGAAAMGACCAUCUUAAAUUUGUCACAUUAUGUAUGGYAUUUAUGGGAAUAAACUGUAAUCUAACGUUUCAAGAAGAAAACAUAUUGCAAAUUAAGAAUAUACAUAUUAUAUGUUGCAAUGGAUUAUAGGUAUUUGGGUAUCGCAUGGCCAAGUCCUGUGACAGUGGAUUUGCUGUUGUGUACUUUGAGAAAAUUACUGUAACAAAUAUUGAAAAACACGUCUACUGAAACCUCAAUAUUUUUCUUGAAGAACUACUGAACAAUCAUACGAAAAAGAACAUUUUUUUCUCCCCACAUAUAUUUAAUUCUACAAUGGAACUAUGUACUGAUACAGUUUCUAUAUCUGCAAUGUUUGCUGUUAAUAAGAUUUUUAAAAUGAUGAUUGAUUCCGGUUUAGCCCAUGGAUUUCAAAGACAGCUCAUUAUUUGUUUUCUAAUGAUUUCCGUGUCGUAACUGAUACACAUUACACUGGUCAGAUAAUUGGUAUUAUCUUACCCAGACCACUUAACUUUCCCUUCCCCUAUUUGCAGCACUUUCACAUAAUACAUUUUAGAGGCCACUAAACAAACUGCACAAUAUUAAAAGGCUGGAAUUUUCUACAUGUAAUAUUCCACAUAAGACAGUUAAUUGUAUUAUUCUGAUGCUGAUGGUCUGUCUUAGGCAUCGGCAUCGUGAGCCAUUAGUCAUAUCUUUAGAACCAAAGUAGAAAAAGCUGAAGUGUUUACAACAUUUUCUUUCUGCAUGGUCUAAGAAAGUGUUUCCCAACUCCGGUCCUCAAGUACCCCGUCAACAGCACACAUUUUAGUUGUAGCCCAGCACAAAAACCCCUGAUUCAACUUGUCAAGGGCUCGAUGAUUAGUUGAUAAGUAGAAUCAGGUGUGGUUGUCCGG